UGCCAGUGCUGAACGCGAUGCCUCACACGGUCUCAGACGUCCGGACGUUCGUCGCUGAUCAUGGCGGCGUGCGAGGCCUCACGCGCCUCGGGUACGGCUACGUCAAGCGAGCCGCCGGUCUCUUUGUCGUGUUUCUCAUCGCGAUGGACGCCGUCAUCAACAACUGGACGCUCGGCAACUACCUCGGAGGCGGGUACUUCUUCUUGACGCCAAUCGGCGCGGUGCAGAACGCGCCGCAGCUCGAGACGCAGUACAGCUACAUGCGCGGCCACUCGAUCACCAACAUGUCCAACAUGGGUCAAUGGAUGGCCAACUACACGAUCGUCAACUUUGUGAGCAAGAACGAGCGCGUGUACGCGGUUUCCGCCGGCGAGUUUGACCUAACACCGUCGACGGUCCUCUGUCCCAUCUUCCAAGGCGACUACCACGUUGAUCUGAGCGUCUCGACCAAGGUCAAGCUCGCCGUCGCUGUCGACUCGACGACCUUUUUCCGGGGCAACGCCUUUACCCACGCGAGCAAUGGCGACGGCAACGUACAGGCUGGCGCCAGCAGCGUCGACCUCUUCCGUCGCGGGUACCUUCCGGGGCGAACCACCGUCGACAAACGCUUUACGCACGAGAUUGUGCUUGUCGAUACGCCGGCGGUUCAAAAGCAAGUGGUCUCGUAUUUUCGCAUCUACUCGCACAACUACUGCACCGGCUGCGACGCGGUCGCCGAGCUCGGCUACUCGACGUGUGAGCUCUCGAUGGUCUACACCGACGCAACCAAGACGCUCACGGUCACCACCAGCGCUUUCGUGCCGGGCUCGACGUACAAGCUCGGCUUUACGAUCAUCAACUCUGCGAUUGCUCUUACGUCCCUCAUCAUCAAGCUCAUCGCGAUCUUCGUCGGCUUUGGCGGGUACAUUGCGAGCCGCCGGACCGUGCAGUGGUUUGAGGUUGACCCAGCAAAACCCGACUCGUUUUUAGCCAAAGUCAUUCGCACCGUUGUGCCCAAGUACUUUCCUUUUCCAUCCGAAGCGCUCAGCUACGACAUGAUGCUCUUCAACUCGGACGUGUUUGUCUACUUGUACACACUCUCGGUGGUUUUGGAUUUGCAAAAUUGUCUGCAAUAUGUCCGCGAUGUUAGCGUCUACAACUCGCCGGCGCCGCAAGCGCUCGUGUCGAUUGAGAUCUUUUCGCUUUCGUUCCGCCUGCUUUGGCUCAACCUCGUCAUCCUCAAGCUCUGCAAGCUGCUCUGGAACCUUCUCGGCAUCGCCUCGUACAACGGCCAAAGCGUCAUGAUGGGCUUCUUCAACUUCUCAAGCGUCACGACGUUGUACCUCAGUGGGCUCUUUCUCUUCUACAUCCCGUCCUUUAUCGACUACAACAACUCGGACAACUACGAGCUGUACCACCAGGUCGAGCCGCUCGACGGGAUCCGUGUCGAAGUCAUCAACGGCAUCUACGCCCGCGUCGCGCCGUACGUCAUCACUGUGCUCCUGAUCAACAUCCUCGUUGCCAUCGUCUACGACCACGUUUGGAAUCUCUCGCAUUGGAAAAUGCUGCGGAAAAAUAGCUUGGCGCGCCAAGCAGUUUACAAUAGCACGUCGGUGAUGUGCGAUUUUCUCUGGGGCAUCGAGCCGCACGAGCUGCCGAAUGGUCCGGGCUCGGUCGUCUACAUCAGUGCGCGCCGCUUGAGCACGCUCCAGUGGUUUUACAUGUCGCAUUUGACGUGCUUUGGCUUGCCGGCCAAAGAUCUCGUUGUGAAGAAGCGAAGCAUGCUCACAGUGCACGUCAAGUCGCCGCGCAACAAACCGCCGGUCGCGUCGGCCAUGUCUACGCGGUCGGCCAAGGAACCGUCGGGCGGCGAGGCCAUCACGACCAAAGCGAUCGCCGAAGACGAUACUGAAGAGUUCUUUAUGCUGGCGCAGGACGGCGACGCCAACAUCCACAUCCUCGACGGAAACCUCACCGAAGUGCCCAGCGUUGUGUACAACGUCAAGAUCCUCAAGAACAACAUCAUCAAGCUCAAGUAAGAGAAGGCCACGAUACGUCAACAGCACGUUUAUACCAUUGUACAUAUACGGUAGAUAUAAAAUGGUUAUUGGACAAGAAACACAAAAAGUCGA